AUGGGAAUGGAUGCGCUGGUUAAGCUUUAUAAUUACGUCAACGACCUGAAGCUCAAUCAGGACACGUACCUCUAUCGGAAGCUGGAAGAAUGGUUCAAGCGUCCAGUCCACCCUACUGAUGUGGCAGAAAACCUGAGCCUUGCUAGACCGGAGGUCAGUCCUAAGGUGCUCGACGCCUGGUUGAGGUAUGCUUUCUUGUAUGAUGAACGUAUUGGGAGUAUCUCCGCUGACCGAAUUUACGAGUCGUUCAAGGGCAGACGUUCGGACGCUGAAGUGUUCAAGCAGCUUAUCUCGAUCUACAACAUCGACAGCGACGACUCCAAGCAUAACGUAAUCUCGAUGUUCAACAAACUAGCUGAAAGCGUCUCAUCCGCGCCGGGCGUUGCGGCUUUAAAUUGGAUGGCGAACGAGUUGAAGGCGUUAAAGUUGCCUCCCGUGGAAGUAGCCGACAUGCUGGGUUUGCAAGGUGUUGUGCUCUGUGUGUUGCACCAUUCUGCAGCUGCGUGGAUUCGCUUCGUUGAUCUCUUGCAUGAAGAGAAUUCGGACCUUGCCAUUCCCGUGAAAGAGGCGUGGUCAAUGUUGAUCGGCGAUAUGGACAUGGAGCAGAAGCAUCGAUUUCUUCUCCUGGUCUGGCCUGACCUUCCGGCCAGUCUAAACGCUAGAGUGCGACAAGCAGGAUCGAUGUGGGACUGGUGA